UUCAGUCAGUCAGGGCGAGUCUUCCUAACAACAUCAUACAAAAUAUAAUCUUUAUCGCCUCACAGAGCGCAUUAAAUGAUUGGCUGCGCUCAGAUAUUGUGUGUUUUCCUCAUUCCAGAAUGUCUCACUACACCGAUGAACCUCGUUUCACUAUCGAGCAGAUCGAUCUUCUCCAGAGACUGCGGCGUACAAGUAUGACCAAACCCGAGAUCCUGCACGCCCUGGACACCCUUGAGCGCCUCGAUCGCGAGCACGGUGACAAAUUCGGAGGGCACGGCCCUUUGGACUCUAGCACAACCAACAGUACCACCUCUGGCACUACACCCACCUCAAAUAACACUAACAAAGCCACUACGGCGACGCAGACGCAGUUCGGUAACUUAUCGCCGUCUCCUAGCAACAGUUACGGCACUUCCCCGCCCACAGUUUUACCCUCGCCGGUCGCGCUGGUGGCCAUGGCGCAGAAUGGACGCGACACUUUGGCAGCAACGCCCAACGGGAAGCUGUCUCCAAAUCGCUACCCAAUGAAUAGCGCGGCGGCCGUGAGGUCGUAUGGAAUGGAGGGUUCAGAGGAUGAUCUGGAUGUAGACGACAAAGUGGAGGAGCUUAUGAGGCGGGACAGCACUCUGGUGAAGGAGGAAAUCAAAGCUUUCCUGGGCAACAGACGCAUCUCACAGGCCGUGGUGGCUCAGGUCACAGGGAUCAGUCAGAGCCGAAUCUCUCACUGGCUUCUCCAGCAGGGCUCAGAUCUCAGUGAACAGAAGAAACGAGCUUUCUACCGCUGGUAUCAGCUCGAGAAGACAACGCCUGGUGCCACACUAAACAUGCGGGCCGCCCCUAUAUCUGUGGAUGAGAUGGAGUGGCGUCAAACCCCGCCCCCUAUAUGCUCCACCCCCGGCAGCUUCCGUCUGCGUAGAGGCAGUCGAUUCACCUGGAGGAAGGAAUGUCUCGCUGUGAUGGAGAGUUACUUCAGUGAUAAUCAAUAUCCAGACGAAGCCAAACGAGAGGAGAUCGCCAAUGCCUGCAAUGCUGUCAUUCAAAAACCAGGAAAGAAGUUGUCUGACUUGGAGAGAGUCACGUCCUUAAAAGUGUACAACUGGUUUGCCAACCGACGCAAAGAGAUCAAGAGGAGAGCCAACAUUGGGUCUUUUUUCCAAGAAGCCACAAUCUUGGAGAAUCACGGAAUAGACGUGCAGAGUCCUGGAGGACACUCCAACAGUGAUGACAUCGACGCUAAUGACUACAAUGAGCAGGGUUGUGAUGUUUCCUAUUUCGAAAAGAGAGGUGUGAACAGACCCUUUGGUUACUACCGACUGGAGCCCACCUCACCAACACAGGAGGACGGUGCCAAUCACGUAGACCAACAAGACCCCAUCUCUCUCGCCGUAGAGAUGGCAGCUGUUAAUCACAGCAUCCUCGCCCUGUCCCACCCAGGAGGUGUGGCCUGUGAAAUCAAAACAGAGGCAUUGGAUGAUGACUGAUAAAGAUGAAGAGGAUAGAGGUGUGUGAGUGUGUUUGCAGCGGUGUGUAUGGGCCUGAGGUCUGCUAUUGCUAUGACCAAAACAACACUCUGUCUCAAGCUUUUAGAAUUGAAUAUCACCUGCAACCUACACUCCUGCUGAACCACUAAACAUAAAAGCCAGAUUUAAAUGAUAAACGCUCUCUACAAGAACACUGACAAGUUGAAGGUCUUUCCACAAUUUUGGGCCCAUCUUUAAGUCUUUCCGGAACCCUUGCAGAACUCGGAUGCUGACCCGAACCUCGUAUCUCGUACCUCAUUCCAGUCCAGUAACUAGUAUAAUGUUUUGUGUGCUCCCUGUCUGUGCGCAUCAGUAAACAUAUUCAUUGUUCUCAGGCUGUAGCUGUAUUUCAGGUGAGGUGAGGCGGAUAUCGAUAUGUUAAAGUUGUAGUUUCUUGCUCUGGAAUCCAUGAUGGAGCGACAGGUUUUAAAACUUUAAUUUCCUCUACAAAUGUCCUCUGUCGUCUGGUUUGAAGUUUCCAUUUUCUCUUAAUCAAACUGCAAUUUUUGGGUGAAUCUUAUGAAACCUGUUAAGAUGAUGACCGAGUCACAUUUUACCACAAAAUCAAAAGAAAAAUGGAGCUAUUGAGCUAACACACGACCAUAAUAUGCGCCGAUUUCUUCCUUGUAUUGCAUUUUAUGAUGACACUGGUACAACUGCAAAGAUGGGUGUAUCACAGAGUGUUAAUGGUUAAUGAUAUUCUUCUCACCACAAUUAUACAGAGCAGUUAUCUGAGUUACCGUAGACUUAGACGGGCUGGUUUGAGUAUUUCUGUAACUGCUGAUCUACUGGGAUAUGCACACACAACAGUCUCUAGAAUUUACUCCGAAUGGUGCCAAAAACAAAAAACUUCCAGUGAGCGGCAGUUCUGUUUAUGGAAAUGUCUUGUUGAUGAGAGAUGUCUACAGAGAAUGGUCAGACUGGUUCAAACUGAUAAAGUCUACAGUAACUCGGAUAACCACUCUGUACAAUUGUGGGGAGAAUAAUGCUAUUCUGAGAUGCAGGUUGCCGCUGUUUGGCGGCACGAGGGGGACCAACACAAUAUUAGGCAGGUGGUUUUAAUGUUGGGGCUGCCAAUCAAUUACAUCAUAUGGCAAUUCAUUUAUCAAAUUAAUAGCAAUUUAUCAAAUAUCAAUAUUUGCAGAGAUAGGCCCCAAAAUAAAAAAAUAUUUAUUAUGAAUAGUUAUGAAGAUGUAAUAUAAUAUUUCAUAUAAUUAAAAUACACUACGUUAUUGUGACAGAUGAGUAAAGCAUCGAUGAGACAUAGGCAGUAUAUUGUUUAUUUCCAUUUGAUUGAACAUAAGCCAGUCAUUGGCCUACAGUCACAGUCCAUUUUGCAAUUGAAUUAAUGAAUCUUUCCGAAAUAGAUUUAUUAUAAGGGCUUGUCUAAGAAUGCUUCAGUGUACAGCUGCGUCAGAUGGGAACUUUUGGAGCGUCUCACUUUGGUUGCGUCACAUCAUAAAGUCUCAAAAUCCCUGUGUUUGAACGCAAGAACACGUUCUCAUCUUGUGCUGACGCUACUGUUAAGCAAGCUCGAGUGUGGUUUGUUCUCUGUACAGCUGCGUUGUUGAGUUUGCUUACUGCCCCCUGCUGAAAACUAGUGGUUGGCAAAUAGGAAUAUUCCAUGUUACGGUCCGGGGACAUGAUUAAUUGCGUUAAUUCUUUUAACAGGUUAUUAUUUAUAUAAUUAAUCACACUGAAUUAAAAAAAAAAAACGACAGCGCUAGAAAUUAUAUUUUGCAUAAAGAAAGCAAAGCCUAUUUUUAGGACCAUACAAAUAUUUUUACCAUACAACAUUACUUUUAUGACAAUUAAAUGUGCACAAAGUAUUUUUUUCCUCAUUAAAAAAGUUAAUUGUUUUUUGGUGACAUAUGUAGGAAAUCAUGAUCUCUCAAAUUAAAAUGAAGAGUCCAGUCAUAUCAGUAAUCUUAUAAAAGCUGUUUCAUUCUACAUGGAGAGGGUCCCUACCAUGUUACAAUCACAUGACCACCCGAAUACUACUCGCUUAAUCUCAGUAACCGUCCUGUUAUUUGACACUUUAACUCACUGAUUAAAGUAAUCAUGGCUGACUGUGAAUACCUGAAACUGAAAACUAUUGAUUUUAAAUGAUGCCGCAUCCAAGCCACUAGGUGUCAGUGUAAGUCCAAGAUGACACAAAGACAAAAGUGCAAAUUUAAGCACAUUUUCCCCCCAAAAACUUCUUACUGUAAUUUUGAAAACUUUCAUUACGUGUUUAUACAUCAUGGUAGUACUUGCAUUGCCUUUUAAUUAGAUUUUAAUAAUAAUACAAAUCAUUGUAUUACAUUGUAUUGGUGUGUGUAAUACAAGUUACUGUAUUACAGUAAUGAAAAUCACCAUUGAGAGAAUUGCAAAUGGAGAAACCGCAAAACUUUAUCACAUUACAGUAAUGACAAUUUGGGAGGAAAAUAAUGCCACAAAGCAAAAAAAAUUAUUGCAAUAAUACAAAACAGGCCAUGCAAUUUUGGGAUGCAUAUAUGGUUGCCUUCUGAACCUAAGCAGUGUUGAGUCUGGCCAGUACCUGGAUCAUGGGUACUGAGACGUCAUGGGGAAAACUAAGAUUGCUACUGGAAGAGGUAUUAGGGAAUCCAGCAGGGGUGCUCACUCUGCGGUCUGUGUGGAUCCUAAUGCCCCAGUAUAGUGACGGGGACACUAUACUGUAAAAAGGCACCAUCCUUCGGAUGAGAUGUUAAACCGAGGUCCUGACUCUCUGUGGUCAUUAAAAAUCCCAGGACACUUCUCAUAAAGAGUAGGGGUGUAACCCCGGUGUCCUGGCCAAAUUCCCCCCAUUGGUCCUAAUCAACCAUGGCCUCCUAAUAAUCCCCAUCCCUGAAUUGGCACUUCAGCUCUCCUCUCCACCAUUAGCUGGUGUGUGGUGAGUAUACUGGUGCACUAUGGCUGCUGUCACACAAUCCAGGUGGAUGCCACACACUGGUGGUGGUUGAGGAGAGUCCCAUGUUCACUGUGUAAAGCACUUUGACUUUAGUAUCAGAAAAGCGCUAUAUAAAUGUAACGUUCAUUCAUUCAUUUAUUUUUUAUUUUGGGGUGAAAUAUGACUCUGAAAUGUGUUUUCAUGAUUCACUCAAUUAAAGUAUACUGUUGAUGUACAAAGGGGGAAACUGAAUCAUAAUCUUUUCUGUAAAUCUUGAAAGAUGUGGGAUUAUAAUAGCCAAAGCAUGUAAAUGAUCCUUCCCAAAAGCUAGUCUCACGGACUCUAAAUGACCUGUUACAAGAUACUUCCAAUACAUAGGUAGCUAGUUUCCUUUAUAUUUAAAUAAUAAAACAACAACUCUAAAAUGCCUAGAGUUACCCAAAGUGAAAUUACAUAAAUGUUAUUCUUAUGUUUCUAUUUAUUUAGCUUUUACGUUGUGUUUCCAGAUAUUUGCUCAGUUAAGACAAAAGCACCUGUUCUUGUCAAGUAGUUUUUUUUAAAGAAAUUUAAGAACUGUGAAAUCAAAGCGAGAUAUCAUCAGAGAUUUUGGCUCCAGACUGCAGUGAUCAAAAUGAUAAACUUUGUCUUGAUUUAUUAUUAUUAUUAUUAUUAUUAUUAUUAUUAUUGUAAUUGUGCAGUGUUAAUAGUUAAAGAGGCAUCUUAACUCUCAUCUUACAUAAGCUUGUUUCCAAAAUGUAGCUUGUCUUAUUGGGAAAAGGUUCUAGGAGACCUCUUUUCUCUCACAAAUUUUAUGUGUCCUUCCUCUGUUUUCCUGUGUACAAAAAUGAAAUUGAUAUUUAUGAUCGUUUUACUGAUUUUGUUCAGAGCAGUCUCCUGUUGCCUGUCCGAUUCAAAUGCAUUUUGUGAAAAUGAAGCACCCCCUUCUCUCAAGAAAGGAAUUUCUAAACACUACUUUAUCAGAGCCUCUAAAAGGGAUCGAGUUCACAUUUAUAUGGCUUGAACGGGGUUUAUAUCGUAUGAUGCGGCAUCUUAACGAGUGUAUUUCAAUUUCUGCAUGAACAAGAAUCAGUUUGUUCACCGUAAAGUGGAAAACAAGGAGGCAAGAAAGGAAAUAAGUUGUAUUUUCUUGCCUCUCUUCUACAUAGCAUGUGCCAAACAACAGUAUCACUUCAAGUAUUGAUAUAAAAGUGGCAUAAUAUACCAAGAUUGACUCGUUAACUUGUCUUAAGUAUUUGUAUCCAGACCAAUGUAUGUUUUUAUUCCGUGAACUUGUGUAUCUUAAAGGGGGGGUGCUUUCUAUUUUGUUUUCAGGGUGCAUUUUCUUAUGUCUAUACGCAAAAAUCUCUUGGCUUAUAAAAGCGACUGUAUAAAUGGAUAUAAUACAGUAAGUAUGAAUUUAAAGAUAAUUUGAAUCAAAUAAUUCUAUUGAUUUUGAAGACUUCUGUUUUGAAUCAUCUGUAUCUCCCAUGUAAGAAUUUAGUGCCUUUUUUGGACAGUAGACAGUUCUGUAGUUCUACUAUAGUAUAUAUGAACAUUUUUGUACAGUUUCUUUGUUUAAAAUGACAUUUUUUAAAACUUGUGUUUAUUUUAAUACUUUAUCUUCUGGAGAAUAAAGGUAUA